UACACCUAGAGCAGCCAGGAGAUAGAUAUGAAAACAGUUGCGCUGGAGAGCACUGAAGAACAGUGGGAGUAUCACUUAAACUAAAAAAAAGAAUCAAAGGAAAGCAAAAUAACUCAAACAACCCUGGAGGAGCCAGAGAAAGACACUACACAGCACGAGCAUGAAGCCACAAUGAGCUGUGCUCAGGCUGAACCAGAGGAGAGCUCCGCUAAUGCCAGCGCCAAUACUAACACCGGCCUUAACAGCACCACCAACGAUGAGUUGGAGUGCAAAAUCUGCUACCAGCGUUACAAUGCACACAGCCGCAAGCCCAAGAUUCUGGACUGCCUGCAUCGCGUGUGUGCCAGAUGCCUCAAUAAGAUCCUGGACAUGGGGGACGGCUCCAGCUCCAUCAGCUGCCCUUUCUGCCGCCACGAGACACAGGUCAGCGAGCAUGAAGUGUCAGGGUUACCAGACGAUUCAAACAUAAUUUGCCGUCUGGCAGUGCGGGACAAGUCCUGGAGUUCGGACCACAGUAAGGAGGUAGUGCUGACGCCCAAGAGCCUGUCCUCCAAUGAGAGUCCAUCCCACGACUCCUCCAACUGCCUGGUCAUCACCAUCAUGGAGGUGCAACGGGACCAGCAGCGCUCGCCCAGCCAAAAUGCCAGCUUUGACUACUACGGCGACCACAGUCUGGACUCAGUCUCCGUAGCAUCUAACAGUGGUGCAUUGGACCAAGAUGCACUGUCCAAGUUCUGCAAUCACGUGCCACGAGUCUUGGUGUGGCUGCUGGGCUUUUUCUAUUUCGGUUCACUGCCGCUUGGCAUUUACUUGCUGGUGAUCCAGAGAGUGACUCUGGGGAUUGUGUGCGUAAGUCUAGUGCCGUCCAGUCUCACAGUCUGUCUGGUCUAUGGCUUCUGCCAGUGUCUGUGCCAAGGCAUGUGCGACUGCUCCAACAGGGGGUGACUGGUACAGAACAGGCCCCAGUGAAAAAUCAUAGGCUACAUCAUCGCACAAUACAGACA